CAGAAUAUUGAAUUAGCUAUGAAGGUGGUUGUCACGUUGGCAAUAAUUAGGAAACCAAGUUAUCAGAAUACAAUUUUAGUCGUCCCCACGUCGAGUCUCAUGUAUUCAGAUUCAAACGCCAGACACCAAUUAUAUAUAGUAUCAAGUAUGAUUACACACUUCAGCAUUUCACAAGACAAUCUUCUAAGUGCUUCUCCCUCACAGCUUCUGAAGAAGAUGGCAAGCGGCCAACUCAUUGCUGUCAUUUCUUUCCUAUCCCUCUUGCUGGCCAUCCACCCAACAACCGCCCAUGAACCAGUUCCACAGCCACCAAAAGUGGCGGAGAAGGCUGUUGAUGUGGUGGUGGAAGGAACCGUCUACUGCCAAAGCUGCAAGCACUAUGGAACAUGGACUGUGGAGGGAUCCAAGCCUAUUCAAGCUGCCACCAUUAGUGUUAUCUGCAAAGAUCACAGAAAUCGAGUCAGCUACUACAAGGCAUGUGAAACAGACAAAAAUGGUUACUUCUAUGCAGAGCUUAAAGGCUUCAAGAUGGGCCAUUCUUUCUUGGACCAUCCUCUACAUUCAUGCAAAGUAAAAUUGGUGUCUUCACCUCUCCAAACGUGUAACCACCUCACAAAUGUGAACUAUGGACUCUAUGGGGCUCCACUUCAUUAUGAAGACAAGAGAAUUUUUGGAAAUAACUAUGAGGCUGUGAUAUAUGCUGCAGGUCCAUUGGCUUUUCGGCCAGGUCAUUGUGCUCCUAAGGCAGAAGUCGAUGAUGAGCUCCCUUAACCUUGAGAACUGAUUAUGCUCUAUUUCAAUUUUUUAUUGUUGAGCCUAUUCACUUUUCCAAAGCUGAGCUUCAGUCUGUAAGCUGCAAUAUACUUUCAAGUUCCGUACAAUGCUACUCAAUUUUUUCAUCAGUUAGGUACACCUGCAUAAUGCUUUGAAGCUAUAGACGAGUAUUAAAAUCUCACAAUCAAAAUGUAACUAAAGGUAUAAAUCAAACAGAAAGU